AUGAAAUCAUUUGUGAUCGAGAGAGAACAGAGAGGAACUCGAGGAGGCUCACACAGAGCAGCGACGAGCUGGCACGUGAAGCACAGUGAAGGGCGAUCACGUGAAGCACAGAGCAGUGACGAGCAGUCAUGUGAAGCACAGAGCAGUGACGAGCAGCCAUGUGAAGCACAGAGCAGUGACGAGCAGUCACGUGAAGCACAGAGCAGUGACGAGCAGCCGUGUGAAGCACAGAGCAGUGACGAGCAGCCAUGUGAAACACAGAGCAGUGACGAGCAGUCAUGUGAAGCACAGAGCAGUGACGAGCAGUCACGUGAAGCACAGAGCAGUGACGAGCAGCCGUGUGAAGCACAGAGCAGUGACGAGCAGCCAUGUGAAGCACAGAGCAGUGACGAGCAGUCAUGUGAAGCACAGAGCAGUGACGAGCAGUCACGUGAAGCACAGAGCAGUGACGAGCAGCCGUGUGAAGCACAGAGCAGUGACGAGCAGCCGUGUGAAGCACAGAGCAGUGACGAGCAGCCAUGUGAAGCACAGAGCAGUGACGAGCAGUCACGUGAAGCACAGAGCAGUGACGAGCAGCCGUGUGAAGCACAGAGCAGUGACGAGCAGCCAUGUGAAGCACAGAGCAGUGACGAGCAGUCAUGUGAAGCAGAGAGCAGUGACGAGCAGCCGUGUGAAGCAGAGAGCAGUGACGAGCAGCCGUGUGAAGCACAGAGCAGUGACGAGCAGCGGUGUGAAGCAGAGAGCAGUGACGAGCAGCCGUGUGAAGCAGAGAGCAGCGACGAGCGCUCACGUGAAGCACUAAACUCUAAUUACAUCAGAUAUGUUAAUGUGGUGAGGUGA